GUACGAGGGGAGCCGGGGCUGAACUAGAGCGAGCCGAAGAGCAAGGAAAGGUACAAAAAGAGAGAUUGGCUGGCGAUCGCGGAGCUCCAGCAACAGCAGGCGGAGAUCCUCGCCUUCGCUUGGCCAGUCUCAGUUUGGGGAGAGGAUCUUUUCCCCGCGCGCCUUAGAAAACUGGAUAAAGAACUUUGCGUAAAGGAGCAAAGCGCAGCUCAUCUUCUCCCUUGAAGGGUUUUUCCCCCUCCUCCAGGUUCCCCCCGCCCCAGUUUGGAAAGCGAAGAGCAAACUGGCUCCAGCCAAACCUCCUUCGGCGGUUCCUCGGUGAGGGGGGAAAGGGGAAGAGUUCGUCGGAGCCGCGCAUCUCCCUCGCUCUCCCGGGAGAACAUGAACAGGGCAAGGCGAUUCUCGGCGGGAGCUUUCUCUGGCGCGUCUAUCUCGCUGCUGUGCGCCCUGCUUGGCUUCGUCGAUGCCAAAGGGACCUAUUACCGCCACCCCGUGCCCAUCCCUUACGGCAACCGAUACAACCUCUACACCUCAGGAUCGAGCCCCCAGCUCACGCCGGGAAAGCCCAUGGGGAAGCACAAGAGCUACUGUGCGUAUGUGGUGCAGAGGAAUAUAACUUGCACCCUUCAGGAUGGAGCAGAGAGCUACGUGAAAGCCGAAUAUCACAAGUGCAGCUGGGGACCCAAGUGUCCUGGGAAAGUCCUGUAUCGCACGUUCUUCAGACCCAGGUACAAGAUUGGCUACAAGACAGUGACUGAGAUUGUGUGGAGGUGCUGCCCAGGCCUCAUGGGAGAAGGAUGCCACGACAGUCCCACUGACCAGCCAGGGCUUCUUCCCCAGCACCCCAGUCCCAAGUUGCCUCCUACUCAGAAGAUGUUCCCAGCUCCUAGAGUUCCCCCUCACCCCAAAGUUCAUGCAGACUCGUUUCCGGGACCAAAAAAGAACCACUAUGGUCGAAAAAUGCCUAGUUUGUUCGGAGACCGACUAGAUCGGCUAGAGGAUGAAAUCAGGCGUCUCUCACAGUCCUAUGACACCUUACACAACAUGGUGAAUGGCCUGGGAGACCAUUUGCGACUUGCCAUCCAAGAGGACACCAGUAAGAUGAUUGGAUCGCUGAUGAACAGCCCAAGUGUGCCUGAUUCAACCAUGGGGUUUGGAGUCAUUCCCGAUGGGAUUGUGGAUGCCGCAGACAAAGCAGACCUCUCCCCUUAUCCACCAGUAGGUGAGAUCCUAAGCAAAGUGACUGAGAUGAGUGAUUCACUGAAAACCAAGACUAACUUGCUGGACGAGGUGCAUGGCAUGGUGCUGGACCACGAUGGACAGAUCAAACACCUGCUGGAGUCAGCCCGGCCUUCUCCUCUCACCUCCAUUGAUAUGCUAGAAGAAUAUGUGGACAGCAGGCUUAGCAAUUUGCGGGUAGAGCUGCUGGAUGGCUUUGAGAAGAAGCUGGUGAACAUUCAGAGCACAUGUGAUUACCGGAUCAAGGAAGUCCAGCAACAAUGUGAGGAAGAGAAAGCUGCCAACCUCCGUCUUCAGCAGACCCUGGAUGGAAAAGAGCUGGAAAUCAAGAAGGAGAUCUCCCAGCUGGAAACCCAGAUCCAAGGGCUGACCGUUGUGGAAAGCUGCUGUAGCAACUUAAACUACCUCACCAAACGGAUGGAUAUCCUAGAGAAGGGCUUGCACAGUAUUUCUGAGUCUCAAAAGAAUCUACACUCCAGGUUGGACAAUGAACUUUCCACUGUUACCUUGGGGAACAUAGUUGAAGGGCGCUUUGAGGACUUUGAAGCCAGGCUGAAUUUUACAGAGCGGGAAAUGGGAAGUUGUUGCUCCAGUGUAGAGGACAACAUGAGAGGUCUGUUGGGGUCAGAGCUGGAUGGCACAAGGACAUUGUUUGAGGACAAAAUGCGAACCUUGGAGGAGAGAUUUAUAACCAUUGUAGGAGAUGUGAACAAUGUCAGCUCGACAGUGGCGAUAGAUGGAGCUGUAAUGCCCCUCUUGGAAGGGGAGCUUGCUAUCAUAAGAAAGGGAACAGAUGAGAAGUUGGAAGUACUCCAGAGUCGGCUGACUACCUUAGAAAGCACAUGCUCAUUGGGUUGCAUGGCCACCUCCAGAGACGUAGAGAUUUUUCGCACAGAAAUUGAGGACUGCCAAAGCAAGAACCAGGAUAUACUGCUCAGAAUGGACAGCAACUCUGACCUGCUUCGGAAACUUAAUGCUACUAUCCUGGAAAUCCAGAGGCGGAUUGAAGAGGAAGCAGCUGAGUCCUUGCAAGGUGAGAUCACUCUGUUGAAGAUCAACCUGAACACCAUGAGCAAGUCCUUAACUGGGCUGAAGGAUUCUGUUUCUCAGUACUCAGACACGGUGCUCCAUGUCAACUCCUCUCUGGACGAGCGCGAGCGCAAAAUAGAAGAUGAGGUCCACUCCAUUCAAGAGAAGAUCAACAACCAAGGCUCCCAGCUUCUGUUCAGCAACAAGCGAGUCUUCAACCUAAAAGGAGACCUUGAAAGGCUCAAGUCCAGGAUCAUCAGUGAUUUGAGCAACUGCAAGAGUGUGGCUCAUGGCCUGCAGAAGGAAGUGCUCCAGUUUGAUGACCGUGUGGCCCAGGUGGAGGACAUGUGUGGCAGACUGGGCAUGGUAACGGGAAGCCUGGACCACAUCAAAAGUGAGCUGGAAAAUAACGCAGGAAGUAUGUGGGGCUACAUGGACCAUAUGAACGCAACCUUAGCUGCCCACUCUCAGGAAAUAACUGUACUCAAAGAUAACUUGCUGGACUGCCAGGCAAAAGUCACGGAACUAGCUGAAGACAUCAGCCUCUUAGAAACCAAGCUGCAAGGCAACCAGCAUUAGCUAUGUCAAACCCAAAGUACAACUAACUUAUAUCAUGCAGACUCCAAUGUGAUGAUACCAGGAUCUUAUUUUAUUUUUGCGGGGUAAGGAGGUUACUAAAUGUUAAAAGCUGCUAUAA